CACAAGAGGAUGUGACAGAGAACAAUUGAUCAUAGACAGUGGGGAAGGAAAAGAAAACUUGGAAGAAGAACAAUGGUUCGACGUUCCCAAAACCACAAGCUAACCUUGGCAGUUGCCGUCUUGAUGUGUGUCUUUGUCUCUAUCGACGGGGUCAGCUUGAACGACCUUCUAGAGAGAGUCUCUCAGCUCUCCGACAAACUACAUUCACUCAGCACCUCACUCACCAAUGACCUGGAUUCUCACUUCCCACCUUAUGGAGGAAGACUCAUGAGACCAUCUAUGUGCCAUACAGCUUCCCUUCAGAUCCCCAAUGAUAAAGAUCAGGCCCUCAGACUGCCGGAGAACGAGUUACUGUCUCUGGCUCGCUCGCUGCUACUGGCCUGGUCAGACCCUCUGGCCAUGCUCUCGUCCGAGGCCAAUACCCUGCCCCAUCCAGAACGAAAUGCUAUCAAUAGCAAGACCAGACAACUGCAGGACCAGACUAACUCCCUUGGAGCAGGCCUAGAGCGACUGGUCCACAAGAUGGGGACAUCCUCUGAGGUUCUUUCCUCUCUCCCUUUCAACAGUAAUGACCUGGGCCAUGAUAAAAUCUCACGCCUGGUCAACUUCCACUUCCUCUUGUCCUGCUUCCGCAGGGACUCCCACAAGAUCGAUAGUUUUCUUAAAGUCCUCCGAUGCCGAACGUCCAAGAUGCAACCAGAUAUGUGCUAGAGACGGAGGUGCCGUUUUGACUCGCUCCCACUCUGAGUCAGUCAGAUGGGUUACUGAACCAAAAUGCCAGCAUGGAUCACUUGGGUCAAUUCUCUUUCAAUUAAAAAAAAGUAGCUCUGAAUAUUUCUCUAUGAAGUCACACAUCUCAGACAGUGAAUUCCUUUGGUGCGUGAUCUCAUAACCUAUGUUCCAUGUCAUACUAACUUUCCUUUCAUGCUUGAAUAGAUAAUCUGGAGAGCAGGGCAGAUAUGCUAUCCUUCCAAAUAUUUUUAAAAAGCCAGGAUAUAAUUUACAGGACAGUUAUAAAUGCCUGAAAGAAAGGAAAGAAAACAUGAACCAAUGAUGAGCCUACUUGUCCCCAGGUUUUAGUUUUUCUAUCUAAAAACUGUGUUAGAUUAGACAGAUUAAUAUUUCAGAACAUUCUGCUGUUGGCUAUGGGGCUAUGUAGAAAUGGUAUAGAAAUAUGAUGGCAUGUGUAGAAAUUUGCACUUUAGAUCCCACCAGUGUAUUUAUGAAAGUACUGAGGUAAAGGUUCUUCAUUAGUUUUCCUUUACAUGGUGUUCAUGAACAUAACACAAGCUGUCAUGCAAAAAUAUCAAUAAAGUUUCAUCGUGUAUGAAAAAAAAACA